AUGAGUGAAAAAGUGAUUUUAAGUGAGAAAAUGACGAACAUUACGCCGGAGACCAGAAUCAUGAUGAUGCGGUCUGAUGACAGCCGACAGGGUUAUAGAAGACAGGUGUUAGCAGCUCUGGCGGUAUCCCUCGGACCAUUUGCAGCUGGUCUCAGCAAGGGCUACAUGUCUCCAGCAAUCGCCAGUAUGCAAGAGUCAAGGCUAAAUGGAUCCUUCACCGUCACAGAUCAGCAGGCCAGUUGGAUCGCGAGUUUGAGCUUAUUGGGCGCUCUCUUUGGUGGUAUUCUCGGUGGUAUGGCGAUGCGUUCGGGAAGGCGAAGGGUUCUGCUAGCAGUGGCCCUACCAUACACGCUGGCAUGGCUUGCAACAGCGCUGUCGACGAGUGUUGAUAUGAUUUCAGUCACCUCUUUUUGCGGAGGCAUGAUUGUUUGUUGCAUAACUAUGAUAACACAGGUGUACGUGACAGAAAUAGCUGUACCCGAAAUACGUGGCUGCCUGAGCUCGGUACUGAAAAUACUAAGCCAAAUAGGCAUCCUCACAUCGUUUUCUCUCGGAGCGUAUCUUAACUGGCAACAAUUAGCAUUGGUAGUUGCCGCCGCACCAAUUCUACUCUUCUUGGCCCUCCUGUUUGUUCCUGAAACUCCAUCUUCUCUGCUGCUAAGAGGAAAGGAAGAAAAGGCCGCAGAAGCCUUGCAGUGGCUUCGUGGCCCUGAUGCUGAUAUACGUCAGGAAUUAGCAACAAUCAGAACGAACAUUUUAGCAAGCAAGCAGUUCAAUGAUGGUAGAGCAGGAAAGCUUAAGGUCCUUCUAUCUAAAAGACUAACAAGACCAGUUCUCAUCACGUGUGGCUUGAUGUUCUUUCAGCGGUUUACUGGCGCUCAUGUCUUCAACUUCUACGCGGUUCCAAUGUUUAAGAAGACGUUCAGAACUAUGAGUCCUCACGGUGGAGCAAUUGCCAUUAGCGUAGUACAAUUAGUAGCCUCUUGUGUGUCAGGUAUGCUUAUCGACAGCGUUGGUAGACUACCAUUACUAAUGGUCAGUGGCUUUAUGAUGUCUAUUGCUUUGGCUGGUUUCGGAUCGUAUGCUUACUAUGAAGAAGUCUUUAGAAAUACACUAAAUUUGACACCCGUUGAACCCGGAUACGACUGGAUUCCCUUGCUAUGUGUUGUCACUUUUACCAUAGCUUUUUCUCUCGGUAUCAGCCCCAUAUCAUCUUUGUUGAUUGGGGAACUGUUUCCAUUAGAAUACAGGAGUACUGGAAGUGCUUUAGCAACGAGCUUUAGUCAUUUAUGUGGUUUCGUGAAUGUGAAAACAGCAGCAGAUUUCCAAGACCACAUAGGUUUAUACGGGUUAUUUUGGUUAUACGCUGGGAUUUCGGUCCUUUGCCUGUUAUUUGUGGUUUUGUUCGUUCCGGAAACAAAAGGGCGCGAGAUCGAUGAAAUGGACCCGAAGUAUGUAGAAUCGUUAUGUAUUAACCGAUAG